AUGCCACGAAUUGCCCUCGAUCUGCCCACACAUCUUAUCGAUGUGCCAGCUGGUCUCAGCAGCGAGCGUUACUAUGUUCCUAUAUAUAAUAUCCCUUUUGGGGGUGCACGGGAGCUCCUGAGCCACUGGCUGCAGGACUGCGGCGUUGCGGAUUGGCAAUUUCACAAUGACGCUAAAUCAGGAUGGGUCUGCCUCGAGGGCAAGAAGGACUUUGAAGCUUCACUUGACAGGUUACGGGAGAUGAAGCGACUUCACCCAAAGCUCGAAUACUCGGCCGUCAACAAGUUGGCAAGUAUCAAACUCGAGGUCAUCGAUCACACCUCAACCCGGCCCAGAACGCAGAGAGCCUUGCUAACAGGGCUCUCGUCCCGCCCGAACAUCCACGAGUUGAACACAUGGAUCCGUUCGAGGCUUGGGUCAGAUUGUCUGCUCGUUGUCGCCUCACGUAUCGCUCACAUAAGCUCUUCGCGUGUGUUGGUCUUCAUCUGCACUCUAGCCACGGCAAACGGUUUAUCUGUGGACAAGAUAGAAAAGUUCCUUGAUGGAGCAGCGUUUGGCAGCGAAGUCGUCAGUGUCCUCGUUGAGCAGGGCGACAGCCACAUUGCUGCAUCGGAGCGCCGACAAGAUGCAGCGCCUCUUGUCGCGUUGGGAUCGUCGAGAUUGCCGCCUCGCUGGCCUCGCAUAGUCUCGCGAUGGAAUCGCUGUCUUGCUGAAGAAAGACAGAAGCGUCAGUUAGAAACGGUCCACGAGUAG